AUUUUAAAGACUCUAAAUAUUAUAUAUACAGAAUUAUUAUACAUACAUUAUAUAUAUAUAUACAGAUUUUCAUCGAAACCGUAUACAGAAGUGUUUAUCAAAACUUGGAUUAAAGAAUAUAAACCUAUUUAUUCCUGAAGCAUUAAGUUUUUUUUUUUGAGUUAUCCCAAAAGUAAUGACUGCAUGCGUCUGAACAAACAUAACGAACUAAGGCGAAAUAUAUAACGUGUGUAAUCUUCGAAUUGAUGAUGAGACGGAUAAAGAGAAAAUUGUUCUUCCUUUUUAUGCUUUUAAUUUUUCUUAUUAGUAUAAGAAAUGUCCUCGAUAGUAUCUUUGCAGAUGCGCCAUAUUUAUUUAAGCCAUUUAAUUUGGAGUCAUUCAUGUUGUUUACGAACGAGAAAAAAAGAGAGCUUGUUCUUUUACAGAUGAUUGUUAGGCAUGGUCAUCGAGCACCUUAUACUUCAUGGCCUACAAAUAUUUAUAACGCCCAUGGUUUUUGGAAAGAAGGAUAUCAAAGUUUAACCCAGUUAGGAAGGCUUCAAAACUAUGUUAUGGGAAAACACUUGCAAAAUAUUUAUAAGAAUUUUAUAACGACUAAUCCAAAGGAAGUAAAUGUGCUAGCUACGGAAGCUGCAAGAGCUUUGUAUGGAGCGUAUGCAUUCAUGGCAGGUUUGUAUGCCCCAAAAAAAGAGAAUCAAUUCUCUGAUGAUAUUCAAUGGCAGCCUAUCAUCCCAAAUACUGCAGGCUAUGAGAACAUCUUUGGAAGAAAUGGUAAAUGCAAAAGAGCAAACGAUGAGCUUGAUGUAUUCCACAAUUCAAAACUGUACAACGAGACUUUGCAGAGGCAUAAAUUUCUUUACAGGUUUUUAGCUUUUCAUACACGAGUAGUAGUUCAAGACCCUUUUCAUGCAUCUGAAAUUGCAAGGACAUUGAAUACACAGGAAUAUUUCAAUUUAUCAUCGCCUAAAUGGUCAGAGCCAUGUCGAGAUGAGUUAAAAUAUCAAAUUCUUCUCAACUACUACUUCCUGUAUUCAACAAAAAUUCUGCUUAGAUAUCGAGUAGGUAAUUUGCUAAAUCACAUGAUUAGCAACAUGAUAUUAAAAAUGAAAGACGAUAUGGAGGACAAACGUGUUAUUGUCUAUGCUGGACAUGGGAGCACAAUAACCCAGGUGUUAUUCACCUUGAAUAAAUUUAGUUUCGUUGAAACACCAAUGGGGUCUGUUCUAGUUCUCGAAUUGUGGAAAGAAGAUGAUGCAUAUUCACUGCGAUUUCUUCACUUCAAUUCUUCAAGCCCAGAAAUUCGAAUCGAUCCACCAGUAUCAUUGUAUUUUGAAGAAUGCGGAGGAAGCUUCUGUUCUGUUGAAAGCUUUUUGAACAGAACAGCAGAGUUUAGGCCUGUUGAUUUCUUGGCGGAAUGUGAUUACAAAAUGAACAUAUCUUUACGUCCACUUGAGACUGUUUGUGAUUUACCCCCCUUUGUCUCUUCAUCAGAAAUGUUAAAAACCUCUCAUCUGCUGCUGGAAAUCAUGAAUUUAUUUAUAGUCAUUAGCUAUAUUCAUUCAAUAAUAAAAUUGUAAAAAACA